UGGAAGGGAUCACAAGCUUGAUCAAUCGACAGCGAGGUACCUCAUGCGCUAUCCCGGCAUUCGAGAGCCGAGUACGAACCUGAAUAUGUUGCGAGAGCAACGAACACACGAAGCUCAACCUCGAGAAGCUCCAAGCUUUGGAUGACAGCAACAGGUACUUCGAUCAAUCGGCAGCAACAGUGAUCACAAGCAGGGGUGAUUCGAGAGGGAAAAAAGGAGCAGCGCAAGAUCACGCCGAAGGUCAGUGAUGCUGCUUGUCUUCAAGGCCUCGAAUGUGGACAUGAAUUCGUAUGAACAGAAUGGAGCUGGGUUAAUUACAGCUAAGCUGGAUUACUCAAUAAGCGAAAUGGAUGGUAAGUUGCUGAUUAGCUAGAGGGUUUUACAGGCAAUUGACAGGGACGGUGAUGUAUAUGGAAGCCUAUUGGAACAGGCCGCGGCUGUGCUCAGCAUUCACAAGAAUUUCGAUCGAGAGGGCAACUCGAGGUUUCUCUCCUUUUUUUUUUCUCGUCCUAGCUCUGAUUGUUCUUGUUUGUCAACCACGAACUUCGGCCAACCAGACCUAAGUUCAGUAAGUCAGCUUCUCCCUUUUAGCCAUUAGAUAUUUGCCAUCCGACGGCUAGAAAUGCCCUAAGUUUUGAAAGGGGGAUUUCAGCCCUAAAUCCCCGAGGGAGACGAUGGACAAGCGACGCAACGCCGCCGAUUCAAGACUGGAGAUUUACGGUGAGCUAGGAAUGAAGCGCGAUGAGCGCCUCACUCUCGACUUCGUGGGUCACACGUUCGUGGUUAUGGACACGCACGAGGACAAGAUCCUGUUCGUCCGCGACCGCAUUCGCGAACGCUUCCACAGUUAUGUCAUCUUUUGUAACACAGCUGAUUCGGUGGCGCUCGUCUCCAGCGCCCUCCUCUCUCCAGCGAAUGACAUGAAAUACAAUCCUUUCGACACCUUUCUUGCCGGUGACGAGUACAAGUUUCGUCGGAGACCGCGAGCGCUGGUUACAAACAGCGAUCUCAGGGACGAGCGGCUGUUUGAUGAUCUCGACGGGAAUCUGGUGGUAAACUAUGACAUCCCAGACGAUCUGGCGACGUAUUACUACCGUGCUGCAAGAGUUCAUCACGACUGUCGCUCCAAAGCAGUUGUUAAUCUUGUUUUCAAAGAAGAGUUGCACAAGCUGAUGCGUCACGAGGAGCUGCUGCGGCUGGAGAUCUUGCCUAGCCGUCUUAUCAAUGUUCACAUCGACUGGGAUGAUCCACCAUUAGAAAGAGGCUCACUUACACAGCUCCAAGUCGCGGCUGGACGAGUGAGCAUGGAUGAAUAUCGCAGGUUUGACGAAACAAGGGGGGAAGAAAGACCCAGGCGGACGGAUGCGGCGGGAAGGGUCUCCUUGAAGGUGCCAUGGUUUCACAUCGAGGAUCUAAUCAAGCAGCCAAAAGCACGAAGCAAGAAAGUUAUCGAGCCCCCAAAGCGAGAAAGCAAGAAAAGAAAGGCAGUGGACACUACUAUCGAGCCCCCAAAGCGUUCUCGUUUGUUGCAUAGUCUCUUGGCAUGGUUUGGUUAUCCCGACUGUAUAUAAAGUGAUCUUUUCCGUGAUCGAUGAAACUUUUAAAAGUUUCUUGUGGUUCAUGGAAAAGAUCUUCAGGCAAAGAAAGGUGAGAUCUUUCCUAAAUUCUUA